AGACUCUAAUCACGGCUGGAUUCCUCAUCGCUGUUUUCAUCUUUCUUUUUUUAAACUUUUUUUUCUUUUCAGUAUUUCAUUUUCAUUGAGUGAAGCCUGUUCGGCAGAGAGCAGCCCAAAUGGUCUUUGGAUCGAGAUGAUUUGUUUCUGCAAGAUGAAACGAUGGAGGUUCCUUACUUUAUUUCGGUUGGUUCUGUGCAUCAUCGUUUUGCCAACUUGUUGGUGUGCAAACGGGAAAUAUGCUCAGCAGCUCCUGAAAGAUUUAUUCACCAACUACACGAGUGCACUGAGGCCGGUGGAGGACACAAACAACAUCCUGAAUGUGACCCUGCAGGUUACGCUGUCGCAAAUUAUCGAUAUGGAUGAGCGAAACCAAAUUCUGACUGCAUAUUUAUGGAUACGACAAGUGUGGGUUGACGCACACCUCAACUGGAAUAAAGAUGAUUAUGAUGGACUCGAUACCAUCCGCAUACCUAGUAGUUAUGUAUGGAGACCUGAUAUAGUCCUAUAUAACAAUGCAGACAAUCAUUUCACUGGCCCCAUGGACACCAAUGUGGUGAUCCGACACAAUGGGGAGAUCAUGUGGGACUCCCCCGCUAUCACCAAGAGCUCUUGCAAAGUGGACGUGUCUUUCUUCCCCUUCGACGCUCAGCAGUGCAGGUUCACGUACGGCUCCUGGACCUACAACGGGAACCAGCUGGACAUCCUGAACGCCAUGGACAGCGCGGACCUGGCUGACUUGGUGGACAACGUGGAAUGGGAGGUGCAGGGCAUGCCGGCCAAGAAGAACAUUAUCCAGUACGGCUGCUGCGCUGAGCCUUACCCGGACGUGACCUACAUACUGAAGCUGAAGAGAAGAGCGGCCUUUUACGUCUUCAACCUGCUCAUACCGUGCGUGAUGAUCUCUUUCCUGGCUCCACUGGGCUUCUACCUGCCGGCUGACUCUGGAGAGAAGGUGUCUCUGGGCGUCACCAUGAUGCUGGCCCUCACUGUCUUCCAGCUGCUGGUUGCAGAGAUCAUGCCGCCAUCUGAUAACGUACCUCUUAUUGGAAAAUAUUACAUUGCCACCAUGACCAUGAUCACGGCCUCCACCGCCCUGACCAUCUUCAUCAUGAACAUCCACCACUGUGGCCCCGAUGCGAAGCCCGUGCCCAAGUGGGCCAAGACAGUCAUUAUGCAGUACAUGGCCAGAAUGUUCUUUGUUUAUGAAGUCGGAGAGAACUGCAUGUCGCCACAACCAGAGAAGCAGGAGCUUCCUCUGGUGACAAACACCGACUGCACCAUGAACGGUCAGGCGGGAGCAGGCCGAGAGGACUGUGGCUUCAAAAUGGAGCGAGCACAAGAGACAGACAACACAGAGGAGAGGGAGGACAUCGACCAGAUGAUGAGUCCUAUAGGCUCAAUGGGGAAGAACCCAACAAACCACUACAGUGCUUGGAAAAAUGGUAAUUUCAUGAGCAUGGACUGCGGAGAUGCGGAGGGUCCGAGGAGAUGCAGGAAACCAGGUGUUAGCGACGGAGAGAGAAAUGACAGGGAGACCUCCUGCAGCAGCCAAAGCAAUGAGAGGCAGCUGCUGCGUAACAUUGAGUACAUAGCCAACUGCUACAGGGACCAGAGGGCCACGCAGAAACGGACUGGGGAGUGGAAGAAGGUGGCCAAAGUUUUAGAUCGCUUCUUCAUGUGGAUUUUUUUCAUAAUGGUGUUUUUCAUGAGCCUGCUCAUUAUGGGAAAAGCCAUCUAACUGCAGAACAUUGGUGUGCACAUCAUACAUGUCCUUACAGAGUAUCAGAGGAGCUUUUAUUUUCUAUGUUUCAUUCAGAAAUGUAACCAACAUUCAGAUUUCCAAGACUCGUAGAAACAUCUGGAGGCUGUAUCACGACCUGCCCUCCUCCAGCCCUAACUAUAAUUAAAUCUUUGAUGAACUUCUUAUUUAUUUGUUGUGUACAUCUUGCAUAACCUAACUUUCAACCUAAUGUUGUGUGAAGUUUUAAAGCUCAGCCCUGAAAAAACAAAUUAAAACAAAAACAUGUUGAAACAAAUUCUAUUUCCACAAUUUAAGCUUUUAUUUUGAAAGUGUUUUUGCUUUAUGAUUAGUUUCUGUAAAGAAACAUAUAUUUUUUGAUAUCAGAAGUAUUGGGUCAAAGGAUUAACACAAGCUGGGGACAAUUAAAUAUGAUAUCCACUGCUGCUUCACAAGUUCUUUUAUUAUAUUUAAUUUGUUCAAGGAGCCUCAGUGCAGAUGCAGUCUAACAUAUGUAAAGCCAGUAAACUAUUCUUUACCUCUGUCAUGGAGAUUGUGUUUUCCAGAGUUUAUUUGUCUGUUGGUGAAUUUGAUUGGAGGAUUAUGCAAAAACUACUUCAUUGUUUUUCACCAAACUUGGUGGAGGAUGAGGCCUAAAGAAGAAUCAUGUGUGGGGGUGUUGGGCCUUGGCAGAAGAAUCUGCUCCACUGAAUUAAACUCUAGUCAUUCAAUUAAUGGAAUUGAAAACUUAAUUUAAUAAUGAAAUAAUAUGUAGGAAAUAAAUAGGCACAGAAAUAAACAUUGUGAGGUAAUUAUGUAGAUGUUAUUGAUUCUAGAAAUAAACAAUCAACCUAUAUUAACAGAGAAUGUUGAGAAACACAACCAGGCAAUGGUUGUGUGUGUGAAAGCAAAUCUCAGAGUCACUGACAUGGAUUAUCUGUUAAAUCCCCUGGAUCACAACCAUUUGCCUCCUUCUUGUUGUUUAUAAUCCCCGAUGGACUUCGACUCUUUAAUCUGAGCCAAACGGAAAAAAACGACUGAAGCCUGAAUCAGCAGAGCUGUAAUUUUUAAUCACAUUUGAAUAUUAAAAAACGAUUUGGAACAAUUCUACAAUUACCUCUACAGAACCCUGGAGAAUUUAGCGGCAAUUCAAAGCAGUGGGAUCAGGAAUCUAUUGUGGACGAGACAGCUCAACACACUUCAAAUAAACAAAACAUGCUUUUUAAAGUUCCAUCACCACUGACGAGCAGCAGACUACAAUAACUCCACAAAGUUUUGAAUUACGGCCGGACUCAUCUUUUUUCUCAGUCAUUUUCGCUAUAUGCAGCACGUUUCUGUAAUUGCAAGUAUUAUGAAUUUUUGCAGCAUGUGUGUCCUCAAAUUGAUGAAGUUGUUUUCUCAAUUUGUACGUGUUUUUUUCUAUUUGCUUUUGUUUUAUUAAUUUGCAUUGCGUUGAGCUCUCUCAGCCACCAUACCAUUUAAAAAAAAAGUGUAUAGAGUCAUUGACAUUUUCACGAGAUUCCCAGGAAACAUUCACAGAUCCUGAUAAAGAAUAUUUAUGGGAACCAGUUUCAAUUCACAGCAAAUUUAUGUGGAUGUGUUUAAAAAUCAAUCAACCUUAACUUGUUGCGGUUGAGAAUGAACUCAUAAAAUCAAAGGGCCACCGAUCACAGAUUUGCAACAUGUUUUAAGUGAACAGGGAAAAGGACACAGAAAAUAAUCAUGAGGUAAAUCAAUGAACAAACUCAAGGGUUCAUCAUGUCCAUUUCUCUUGGGUGAGGGGAUGAGUCUAAAGUCCUAAUGUCCUAAUGUCCUGAGGUCCUAUGGUCCUAAUGCUGUCCUUGUUCCCAAAGGCCCGAUUUGACCACUUCCGUUCCAAAUUGUU